GACGUUCUACGUUUAACCAGGUCCAAAGCAAAUAAAGCGUACUUGCUGGACGUUGAGUCUACAAAGGUUCCGGUAUAUUGUCACAUGACCAGUCAUGACCUUGAUGCAUGCGGAGGAGGCGGAUGGACGUUGGUAAUGAAGAUCGAUGGUUCAAAGGUAUUUAUUUAUAUUGAAAUGUUCAAACGAGUAGCUUGGUCUGUCAUCACCUUAUUUCCACCAGGGGUAAAAUAAGGGAGUCUGGAGAGGGUAGGUUUAAAAACUGUUGGCUCAAUGAUGUAUCAAAUCACUGUAAGCAGUAGCAGACAACGUAUGAAUAGAACAAUAAAAUAAGGACUUAAAGAUUUAGCAAGACAUCCAGUGAAGACCAAGAUGUGACUGCAUUACACAUGUAUUCGUCACACAGAUAAAACAGCAAAGGUAUGCUAGUAAGGUGGCUGAGCACUGUUUUGGCAGUUACUGCCAAAACAGUGCUCAGCCACCUUAUGAGUUUGUGAGAAAAAGCAAGAGAAAGGUUGUAGCUCACAAGCUGAAACUUGGCAAGUGAAAAAUAUACUGAUGAAAGAUUUUGAUUGGCAGGUAAAAUGUGACAUUUUCGUAGUUUCCAUGGCAAUAUAAACGAUUGAAUGCAAGCUUAAAAUUUCACUUUUUCUCAGUUUACAUAAAAUUCGCUCAUUAGAUUUUCCUAUAAACUUGCACUCAGCUUACUAAAAUAAAUCAUUACCAUUUGAAACUUAUUUGACCAAAUUUUGACAGACGUGUUUUUAGAUAAUCAAUAAUAUAAUUGUACUGUAAUUAUUAAAUGUGUCACAUAAUUCGUCUGUUCAACUUCCAUUUUAAAGUUCUCAUUAUUUAAAAUACCAUGAAAGUAAAAAUUCUGCCAAAUACCACAAAAUUUUGAAAGAGUAGAUUUUGAGAAAUCGUCUUCAGUGUACCAUUGCUUUUUUCGCCGCCAUGUUUGUUUGUCUAAUUUAAAACACGCGCCGCCACGCGAGUUACCGCUGACCGCCCGCAAAACUGUGUUCAGCCACCUUAAUAUAAACGAGUUCGUUGCUAUUCUUGUGUUCACAGAAAACAUUUCACUACGAAUCCAAUCUCUGGAGCAACAAAGUCGCCUUCAAUCUUCCAGGAGGGAAGACUGUGUUGGACACUCACGAGACCAAGUUACCGACUUAUUGGAACACACCGUUUGACAAGAUCUGUCUUGGAAUGAAGAUCGGUCAGGAGCUCAAGUCUGUUGUCAUCAACCAUCAAGCCAGAUCCCUGUAUUCACUGAUCGCAGAUGGCAAAUACCGAGCUACUUCACUGGGCCGUAACACGUGGAAGAAGCUCAUUGGCUCUCGGGCCUCUUUGCAACCCAACUGUAACAAGGAAGGAUUCAACGUAGUUGGUAUCCACAAGGCCUGGUCUAAAGCAAGGAUUGGUAUCCUUGGAAACAACGAGAACGACUGCGGCAACUGUGACUCCCGUAUCGGUUUUGGCACCGGAGGGACGCACGAUGACUCCAACACGUGUGGUAACGAAGCUAGUCAUGGUGGAGAUAAUGGUGACCAACACAUCAAAGCGAUGGGAUACAUCUUGGUUCAAUAA